AUGUAUUGCUCAAGAAUUUCAAAUUUGCCAUUUUUGUAUAAACCAGAUGGCAUCUAUCAAUCCACCACCAAGAGCCACUUUAGACUCAUUGACAGAACCUCCGUCCCUGCCAUUCAGCCUAAGAUAACCAACCUCACAAUGCAAAGGACAAACUUUAAAAUGACUUCUGAGGACAGGAGUGGCGACUUUGUGACCACUCAUUCUGAUUUCAAGUACCUGCCCAUGUCUAAAGCCAAACUUGUUCGACCAGUUACCAAAGUCAGAAUAAGUGUGCCGGAGGGAAAAUAUCCCGAGCCGACAUACAGAUCCAGUUACACCAAACAAGAGGUGUCUCCAAUCCUUAUUGCAAAGGAACCAGGGAGCGCAGGUGUUGGAUCAAGUCUAAGGCAGGAGAAAAAGAACAGAUAUGACUGUAGUUAUCAAGAGCAGUUCCUGUACAGCGGGUGUCCUCCUCUUUCUCCUCUGGAGUCCAUAGAGAAGCAACGAGUUCAGUAUUCAGCUGUACCAAUGGGAGACCGAGAUAAAAUACAAGACAAGCAAACAACUUAUUCCAGCUUUUUCAGACAGUCAGGUGACCACAGUCCUGAAACUCUGCUUUACAAGAGAAAGAAACCUCAGCCUUUCAAGCUUCGGGAACUUCAUGAUGAUGAAUGGAUUACAAAAUCAUCCGAGGAGUUUCCUUCACACAAAUGCAGCCCUGUUCACCUGGAGCGCAGAUGCCCGACUCUCAGCUCUGUGUUCAAAGGAGAGAAACUUACAGGCAACCAGGAGAGACUGUCAACAACGAACCAGUCCUUCCUCUCAGAGAUAAACCGCUCAGAGUUCCCAGUGCAUGUGGAUGGACCCAGUAUCAGGACUUUGAGCAAUGUUACAUUCGGGAGGCCUGAUCUGGCUGGAAAAUACUACAGCACAGCAUCACAAGAGCAGUUCCCAUCCAAAGAAGUGCUCCGUCCCAAGCCACCGGUUUACCCACUUAGCCACGUGCUGCUUGAGCAAGAGUCGGAUCGGAUGCUUACAACCAUGCAAAAAGAUUUUGUCCCCCUGAACUCCAGAAGACAGGAACUGAGCCCUAGUCAGCUUCAGCGGGUUAAAGACAGCCAUAUCAGGCCCCGGCACAGCAAACAUGACUUCAGGACGACGCACAAUGAAACUUAUAUGUCCAAACCCUACUGCAAGGCAUCCCAGGACAACCCAUCCCUAAGAAAUAUCAGCCAUAUGCCAUUUUAA